GACGUCCGACGCGCCGAGCCAGGGGAUUUGGCCCGAUUCAAAGUGUUGGGUGCUUUGCCCACGUCGGGACACGUUCUCAGCGAGGAUUCACUCCGAUGUACGGCCAAAUUCAAAGCUCAGAUUCGCCUGGUCGAGACUUGCCGCGAGACGCCGGUGAUGAGUCAGGGCUUUAAGUGCAUCUUGCAUCUCCACCAUUCCAUGGAAGAGCUGUGUGAGGUGUCGAAGGUCAUUGAGGCAGAGGACCUUCGGACGAACAAGAAGGAGGCCGCCCCGAAAGUGGUUCGGGCGCCUGCGCUGGCUCUUUGCGUGCUGCAGAUCUGCUCCGGCAGGGAAGUGCCGCUCGAAGCCGGCGAUGGCUUGCUCGGACAGCUCUCCCUGCGCACAGAUGGAGGCACUAUUGCCGUGGGCAGUGUUGCCGAGUUGCCAAAGCUGAGAUGA